GGCUGAUUGAGCGAUGACGUGGAGCCGGUGCGGCGGACGGAGCAGGCGGCGGUGCGAGGGGAAAAUAAAUAAAGUACAGUUUUGAGGAUAUUACAAGCAGCGACUAGAGGGAAACCGGUGAACACUAACUAUACUGGCACAUGAGUAUAUGGUAUGACAUCAACAAACAAGAAGCGUGUCAUUCUGCCAACUCGGCCCGAGCCUCCAACUAUUGAACAGAUUUUGGAAGAUGUCAAAGGUGCCAGACUGGAUGAUCCAGUGUUCACAUUAUUCACUGAAGGCAGUGAAGAGAUUGUGAGCCCAGUCCAAGCAGAAGUGUUAAUGCCAGACGUGGAAUCUCAGUACCAGCAAAGCAGAGAGUAUGUUGAACUGAAUAGGCGUUUACAAACGGAGCUCGGUGAGUUGGCAGCACGGUGUGAGCAGCUGAAGAAAGCGGGAGAUCAGCUUGACAUAAGUAUUUCUGAAAUUAAGGAUAAGAAUUUUCAAAACUAAGUUGUUUCAAGGAAUGGUUAUCAAAAUUAUGAUUAUAUUUUAACUGAUGGCAGUCAAGAAAGCAGCAUCUUCUAAUGGACUACUUUCAAAGUUUGAGUAUGACUUCUCCCUCUGGUUUUGUGAAAUGGAUGAAGAAGUGGCAUUACAUAUUUCUGAGAUACUGCAUGAACAUGGCCAUAAAGGAUUUAUAGAACACCAGGACCAAGUGGGUGGAAGGCUAAUGAUUACAGAAAUUACCAAUAUUAUCCAGCAAAGUAAAGUCACCAUCAUCAUCCUGUCUCAGAACUCCCUGAAAAGCAGUUGGUGCCGAAGAGUAUCUGAGUGGAAUCUGCAGCAAUACAUAGAGAAGGGAAGCAAAGUUCUCCCUGUGUAUGUUGAUAUAGAGACUGUGCAAAUUCCUCUUACUUUAAGAUUCCUUAAUGGACUUAAUUACAGUUCCAAUUUCUUCAAAAAAAGGUUGUUGGAUUGUCUGAAACCAAAAUUGAUAUCAUUCUGUAAAUCUGCAUUACACAAAUAAAGUUAUAAGUAGAACAGGACAGAUAUCACUGGACUAUGGUUCAAAUUUCUGCUUUAAAUUGCAGUCAUCUCCAGAAAUGGAAACAGAUUGACAUUAUUUACAAGUGUUUAACAUUAGAAUCAGGUUUAAUAUCGCUGGCAUACAAUGUGAAAUUGUUCUGUAGUAGCAAUACAUUAUAAUAAAAAUCUAUAAAUUAAAUUAAAAAAGGUUAUAAAUGAAGUAAAUAAAUAGUUAACAGAGAGGGAAAAGAAAUACUGAUGGUUCAUGGGUUCAUUGUCCAUUCCGAAAUCUGAUGGUGCGGGGAAGAAGCUGUUCCUGAAACUCUUGAGUGUAUGUUUACAGGCUUUUGUACCUCCUCCUUGAUGGUAACAAUGAGAAGUGGGCGUGUCCUGGGGGAUGGGAGUCCUUAAUGAUGGAUACUGUAUUUUUGAGGCAUCACCUUUUGAAGAGAGGCUACUGCCCAUGAUGGACCUGGCUGAGUUUAUUACUUUCUGCAGCUUUUUCUGAUCUCUGCAGUGGCCCCUCCAUAUCAGACAGUAAUGCAACCAGUUAGAAUGCUUCCCAUGGUAUAUCUGUAGAAAUCUGCGAGUGUCUUUGGUGACAUCCCAGUUCCACUUCUGAUCCCUCAAUGAGGACUGGUGUGUGUACCUUUUCAACUUCCCCUUAAAGUCCACAAUCAACUUCUUUGUCUUACUAGCAUUGAGUGCAAAGUUGAUGCUGCAACACCACUCAACCAGCUGAUUUGGCUCACUCUCAUACGCCUCCUUGUCAUCAUUUAAAAUCUGCCAACAACAGCUGUGUUAUCUGCAAAUUUAUAGAUGAUGUUUAAGCUGUGAGUGUAGAGAGAGUAGCGCAGUGGGCUAACCACACAUCCUUGAGGUCCACCAGUGUUGUCAGUGAGGAGCAGAUGUUCUUCCUGAUCCGCAUAGACUGAUGUCCUGGUGAGGAAGUGGAGGAUCCAGCUGCAAAGGAAAGUACAGAGGCCCAGGUUUUGGAGGCAGGGUAUGAUUAUAUUGAAUACCGAGCUAUAGUCAAUAAAUAACAGCCUGACUGGGUAUUACUAUUGAUCAAGGUGAUCUAAAGCUGAGUGGAGAACCAGUGAGAUUGCAUCCACUGUAGACCUAUUGUGGGGAUAGGAGAAUUUCUAGAGGGCCAGGUCAGUGCUUAGACAGGAGUUGGUGCUAACCUAACCUGCAGUAGAUAUUCUGACAAAUUUGUCAACAUUGGUCUUUCCCUUAAUCUGAUCUCCAAAGAUUUAUCAUAGCUCUCUAACUAAUUUAUUAAUCACUUUUUUUCUUAAAAUGGAUAUCAUAACAUGCUUUCUGUGCCUGUUACUAUUCUGAGAGAUGGGCUGAAUAAUAAUUUGUGACAAACUAAUAAUUGUAAGCACAUCUACGUGAAGCUCUGUCACAGGAAAGCAGCAUACAUCAUCAGGGACCACCUAUCACACAGGUCAUACUUUCUUCUCUCUGCUGCCAUCAGGAAGAAGGUACAGGAACCUCAGGACUCGCACCACCAGCCUCAGGAGCAGUCAUUACCUCUCAACCAUCAGGUUCUUGAACCAAAGGGGAUAACUUCAUUCAACUUCACUUGCCCCAUCAUAGAAAUGUUCCCACAACCAAUAGAUUAACUUUCUUCAUCUUACAUUCUUGAUAUUUAUUGUUUAAUUAUUAUUUCUUUUGUAUUUGCUAAGUUUGUCUUCUGCACUCUGGAUGAACACCCUAGUUGGGUAGCCUUUCAUUGAUUUUGUUGUUGUUGUUCUAUAAAUUUAGUACGUAUACUCACAAGAAAAUGAAUCCAGGGUUGUAUAUUGUGACAUAUAUGUACUUUGAUAAUAAAUUUAUUUUGAACUUUUGAAAACAGCUCAUUAUUCAAAUAACUCGGGGAGCCUCUCAGAGGAAUAAGGGAAAACAAUCUUUUGAAAGAACUGUGAGGAGGUAUUAAAGAGGCAGAUUUUAGAUAACAGAGGAAAGUCAAAGCACAAGAGGGGAUUUAGUGACUGCUUCACAGAAUCUACCUCAUUCAAUGGACAAAGGUGACUGAGCUUCCAAUUGCUUUUCAACUCAGUUCUCCUGCCCCACUGUCUUUGGCAUCUUGCCCUGUUCCAAUGAAGCUCAAGAAACAGCAUUUCAUCUUUUGAGGGCUGGUUGCAUUAAGCUCAACAAUUUCAGAUAAUCAGCUUUACCAGUUUCUAUUUUUAUUUCAGAUUUCCACCAUCGUCAGUAUUUUGCUCUAUCAGUGUUUUUGUAUCUCAUUGUAUUUUCUUUUUUUCCUCUGCAUUUACUUGUCUCCUCCAGAGGAGUCAACUGUCGUAUUGGGGAAGUAAAAAGAUAUCCAACACCUCUCAGCUGCAAAUGGCAUCACCUCACGUUAUUCAAUCCUCUCUUGGUUUUCAUCUUAUCACAGACCGUUGUUUAGUUUUCUACACCCCUCUGCUUUUUCAGCAGCAUAAAACAUGUCUAACUUUCCUCAUUGGUGAGAAAUUUAAACACUAUCAUGAAGAACUACCCUCUCCACAGAUGCUGUCUGACCAUUUCCAUCAGUCUGUUGUUAUUUCAAAUUUCCAUCACCUGCAGUCUUUUGUUUUUCAAUAUUACAGCUUAGCUUCAUCUUGAGACUCAGCAAAUGAAAUUAUGAUUAAGACCUUAUCCACGCAAGGUGUAAGGUGCCCCUACAAUGUCUGUGGGUGCUUUUGACAGAUCUGGGUGAGAAACCUGAAAUGUUACUGCCCUUGCAUUUUUUAAAUCCCUAGUAAGCAUUUUUAAAUCAAAGUUCAAAGUACGUUUAUUAUCAAAGAAUGCAUAAAUUCUACUACCUUGAGAGUCACCUUAAGCCCAGGCACAAAACAAGAAACCCAAAAGAACCCAUUAGAAAAGACCAACAAGCACCCAAUGCACAGAGAGAAAAAGACACAAAUUAUGCAAACAAUGAAAGCAGAUGUCAGCACAAUAACAAAAGUAAAUCACAGGUAUGUGUUGUAUGUAAUCAACUGUAAUCUAUGCCAAGAAUAGGAUGAGGAACUGAUUUGACAAGCACUUGAAUCAUAUAGGCUACAACAGCUGUGAAGCAAAUGCUGGUAAAUGGGAUUAGUACUUGAUGGUCAGCAUAGAUACAAUAGGCCAAAAGGCUUCUCACUUAUGAAUGAUUAUAAGACCAUAUGAUAUAGGAGCAGAAUUAGGCCAUUCAGUCCAUCAUGUCUGCUCCGCCAUUUCAUUAUGGCUGAUCCAUUAUUCCUCUUGGUCCCAGUCUCCUGCCUUCUUGGAUCCCUUUAUGCCCUGACUAAUCAAGAAUCCAUCAAACUCUGACAAUACCCAAUGACUUGACCUCCACGCCCACCUGUGGCAAUGAAUUCCACAGGUGCACCUCUCUCCAGCGAAAGAACUUCCUCCUCAUCUCCAUUCUAAAUGGAUGUUGCUCUAUUCUGAGGCGGUGUCCUCUGGUGUUAGACAUUAAGUUGUUAUAUAACUAGGCAUUCACUCUCUUGAUGGUAUUGCUACAAUAAUGUGUACAGCUCAGCUGAAAGAUAGAUCAGAUUGCAAAUUUUCAAAUCACAACAUGCACAGAAAUGCACUAAAUAUUUCAUGCUUUGAUUACUUAGUUUUUUUCAUGUAUAAAGUUAGUUAAUUGAAAUUAUACCUCCUAAUACUGUAGGUAUGCAAUAAUUUGGUUGAGUUCUCAGUUAUACACUGUAAUGUAAGUUCUAAGUUUUACUAAAACCUCAAGGCAUAAUAUCCAAUCUUUCAUACAGACUAAUCUUUUCAAUGCCUCUCCUCACAAAAUGAAAUGGUGACAAAGAGUGAUAGCUAAGUGAUUGCAUGCAAUGGCCUGUACAGUAUGUGGCCACACAGACCAGGAAGUUUUAAGUUCCAAUUACUUGCUACAUUAACUAAUUUCUCCUCCAAUGAGAAGUUUGAUAGAAACAUAGAAACCCUACAGCACAAUACAGGCCCUUCGUCCCACAAGGUUGUGCCGAACAAGUCCCUACCCUAGAAAUUACUAGUCUUUCCUAAAGCCCUCUAUUUUUCUAAGCUCCAUGUACCUAUCCAAAAGUCUCUUAAAAGACCCUAUCGUAUCUGCCUCCACCACCAUUGCUGGUAGCCCAUUCAACACACUCGCCACUCUCUUUACCCCUGAUAUCUCCUCUAUUCCUAUUCCCCAGCACCUUAAACCUGUGUUCUCUUGUGCCAACCAUUUCAGCCCUGGGAAAAAGCCUCUGACUAUCCACACGAUCAACGCCUCUCAACAUCUUAUACACCUCUAUCAGGUCACCUCUCAUCCUCCGUCGCUCCAAGGAGAAAAGGCCAAGUUCAGUCAACCUAUUCUCAUAGGGCAUGCUCCCCAAUCCAAGCAACAUCCUUGUAAAUCUCUGCACCCUUUCUAUGGCUUCCACAUCCUUCCUGUAGAGAGGUGACCAAAACUGAGCACUGUACUCCAAGUGGGGUCUGACCAGGGUCCUAUAUAGCUGCAACAUUACCUCUCGGCUCCUAAAUUCAAUUCCAUGAUUGAUGAAGGCCAAUACACCGUAUGCCUUCUUAACCACUGAGUUAACCUGCGCAGCUGCUUUGAGCGUCCUAUUGACUUGGACCCCAAGAUCCCUCUGAUCCUCCACACUGCCAAGAGUCUUAUCAUUAAUACUAUAUUCUGCCAUCAUAUUUGACCUACCAAAAUGAACCACUUCAUACUUAUGUGUUGAACUCCAUCUGCCACUUCCUAGCCCAGUUUUGCAUUCUAUCAAUGUCCCACUGUAACCUCCGACAGCCCUCCACACUAGCCACAACACCUCCAACCUUAGUGUCAUCAGCAAACUUACUAACCCAUCCCUCCACUUCCUCAUCCAAGUCACUUAUAAAAAUCAUGAAGAGUAAGGAUCCCAGAACAGAUCCCUGAGGCACUCCACUGGUGACCGACCUCCAUGCAGAAUAUGACCCAUCUACAACAACUCUUUGCCUUCUGUGGGCAAGAAGGCAUUUGUUAUUCGUUACUGGCCAUGGCUCAUUCAGUGAUGCCAGUUGGAAUGUACUGUAGAUCACAUUUCUUCCCCAUUCUGAUGUUUGGUCCUAACAACAACUGAACCUCUUGACUAUGUCUGCCUGCUUUUAUGCGUUGAGUUGCUGCCAGAUGAUUGGCUGAUUAAAUAUUUCCAUUAAUAAGCUGAUGUACCUAAUAAAGUGGCAACUGGCUGUGCAUAUAUGGCUGUUGGGUGAGAAAUUUAAAUUGAUGUGAUGUUCCAUCAGUUAAGUAGCCUUUCUGAGGCACUAUUUGCAUGAAAUACAUUUAUAAAAGUUUCUUGCAUCCAGUAGAAUGGACUCUGCGCAUUCUUGCAAAACAAUUACAAUGAAAAUUAAAUUAAUGAUAAACAUCUAAUUUUUAUCAGUCAUCCAGACAGGACAUUGUCUUGCAGAAUAGCUGAAGUUACAAUUCCAAAGAGAUUCAGAUCAAUAGUGUCUGAUUAAUUUCUCUGGAUAAGUUUAUGCAUAAAGUAGAUAUUUGACAAAUUGUUAUUUUAAUAGACCGAAAGGGGAAAUAUAUUCAACUUUGAGGUGAAAAUGCUGGCAAAAUUUCAAGUGUUUUUAAGCUCCAUAUGAACAGAUUAGAAACUUAGAUUAGAAGUGUUGAACCAAUUUUCGAAAUAAGUGGCAUAACCAGGUAAAGGAAGGACGAGCACCACAUAACUACAAUUCCAUUGCAACAUAGGGGAGAAGACAAAUAAAUCAAUGUGAAGCUUAAGUCCUUUACAAGGUUUGAAAUUUCAAAGUGAAUUUAUUAUUAGAGUAUAUACAUGUCACCACAUACAACCCCGAGAUUCUUUUCAAAUGGGAACUGCUAUCUGUAAACAAACUGUAUAAAUGCAGAUAAUAAAUAAAUAAUGAGCAUGAAAUAACAAAAUAGAGUUCUUAAAUGAAUGUAGA